AUGUUUGCCGCUCGCCGCAUCGCCACCAACGUCCCCCGCGUCCGGACUCAGGUCGCCGCCUUCCACAAGACCGCGCCCGCCUUCGUCCAGAAGGGUGAUGCCAUCCCCGACCUGAACGUCCUGGUUGAGAACUCCCCCGGAAACCAGGUCAACCUCGCCAAGGAGCUCAAGGGCAAGGGUGUCAUUGUCGGUGUCCCGGCUGCUUUCAGCCCCGCUUGCUCCAGCACCCACGUCCCGGGCUUCAUCAACCACCCCAAGCUCAAGGAAGCUGGCCAGGUUUUUGUUGUCGCCGUCAACGACCCCUUCGUGACCAAGGCUUGGGCCGAGUCCCUUGACCCCAGCGGCAAGAGCGGCAUCCGCUUCCUGGGUGACCCGACCGCCAAGUUCAACGAGGCUCUUGACCUGACCUUUGACAGCACCUCCAUCUUUGGCAACAUCCGCAGCAAGCGCUAUGCCUUGCUGGUGGAGGACGGUAAGGUGAAGGAGGCCUUUGUGGAGCCCGACAACGCUGGUCUCAAUGUUUCCGCCGCCGAGAAGGUCCUCGCCUAG